AUGGCAGCGAGGGCAGCGUGCGGGGCCGCCCUGGCCUGCGCAGUGCUGGCCGCCUGCCUGGCGCUGACCACAGCCACGAACCCCGGCUUCGUGGUCAGGAUCACGCAGGCCGGCCUGGACUACGCCCGUCAGCACGGGGUGGCCGUCCUGGAGCAGGAGCUGCACCAGCUGCGGCUGCCGGACAUCUCGGGCGAGUUCCGGGUGCGGCACGUGGGGAAGGUGCAUUACGAGCUCUCCAGGUUAAACCUUCGCAGUUUCCGCUUGCCGAGCUCGCAGAUUUCCCCGAUCCCCAACGUGGGCCUGCAAGUCUCCAUCUCCGGCGCCUUCGCYGAGCUGGACGGGAACUGGCGGGUGAAGGUGCAUUUCAUCAGGGACCAUGGCUCGUUCGACCUGAAGGUCGAGGGCCUCUCCAUCGGAAUUGGCCUGAAGCUGGGCACCGACGGAUCUGGGAAGCCCACGGCGGACGUCUCCGACUGCAGCGCGCACRUCUCCAGCGUCCGGGUGCACUUCUCCGGCAAGUUCAGCUGGCUCUACAACCUCUUCCACAGCGCUGUGGAGUCCGUGUUCAGGAGGAGCCUGGAGAGCAAGGUGUGCGAGCAGGUGGUGAUCUCGGUGCGCAGCGAGCUGCAGUCCUACCUCAGCACGCUGCCAGUCACGGCCAAGAUCGACGCCGUGGCGGGGAUCGAUUACGCCCUGGUGGCUCCGCCGGCGGCUGCCGCCCAGGCCCUGGACGCGGAGCUGAAGGGCGAGUUCUUCUCCCUGGCACACCGCUCCGCCGUGCCCUUCUCCCCCGCGCCRCUCGCCCUCCCGCCCGACCAUGCCCGCAUGGUUUACUUCGGCGCCUCCAGCUACUUCUUCAACACGGCCAGCCUGGUCUACCACACRGCGGGCGCCCUGGUCUUCGAGCUCACGGACUCCAUGAUCCCCAAGGGCCUUGACUUCCACCUGAACACCUCCACGUUCUCGGCCUUCGUCCCCCAGCUGGAGGAGAGGUACCCCGACAUGCUGAUGAAGCUGCGGCUCUCCACGCCGGCCGCCCCCUUCCUGAGCAUCGGUCCCAACGGCCUCUCACUCCGGCCCGUUGUGGAUAUCCAGGCGUACGCCAUCCUUCCCAGCUCCAGCCUGGCUCCUCUCUUCCUGCUCAACCUGACCGCCAACGUGUCCGCCAGCGUCGACGUGAAGUCCGGCCGCAUCGUGGGGAACCUGACGGUCGGCAGGCUCAGGCUCUCCCUGAAGCAUUCGGACGUCGGCCCCUUCCAGGUGCGAACGCUGCAGUCGGUGAUGAACAUCUUGGCCUCCAGCAUCCUGCUGCCGCGUGUCAACGCGCGCCUGGCGCAGGGCUUCCCGCUGCCGCUGCUGCGCCGCACGCAGCUCUCCAACGUGCUCGUGCAGUGGCACCAGAACCUGCUGCUGCUGGGCRCCGACGUCCGCUACGAGCGCAGAGCGUGAAAGCCGGGCCCG